UAAUGAAGGUGAUUGGAAAAUUCACAAAGCCUGAGCACAGAUCAAACUAAAGUAUGAAGCAUUUAUAGAUUAAGAUUCAUGAAAGAGAAAUUUUUAGAUUGAUUAUGUUUCCAAACUUCUAUAGGGGCAAUGCAGGCCGUUUAGGUUCCUAAACCUCUCAGGCAAGUAUUAUUUUUUUGGUAGAGCCUCUCAGGUAAGUUCAUCAACCUGUAAAUCCAACCUGUUGAUUUGGAUGGAAAUGGUAGGCGCUGAUUAAGAUUGGCUGUUACUCUUUAUGUGUAGGGUAGUCUCUAAUUGUUUGAUACUGAUUCAACAUUUACCUUUCCAAUUAGCAUGGCUCCUGAAUGACUGGUCAACACAUCAUCUGUUAGGUCAAGUUAUCCAGGUUUACAGUUGCAUAAUUUUCAUCCAGAUUCAAUUGCAAUUAGUGACCAAAAUCACUGGUAUAGGGAGCCAAAUAAAAACAAAACAAUGUUGGAGUAGUAAGUGAAAGAGCCUUAACAAAGAACUUUCACCUAUUCAUAAGAUAAAAGAACUUUUACCUAGUAGCUGUAACAUUAUUUUUUCCCCUGCGUAACUAAUUUCAUACAAUAGUUGUUUGCAUGCCUGAAACCGCAAAUAGAUGAGUGAGGAAUCUAUAUGUUGCUAUCCAAAUGGCAUCUUUACAUGACAUAAGAGUAUACAGAUCUUUUGAAAUUGUCGUCUUCACAAAACAUAAUAUUUUCGCUCUUACCAGAGAAAUCCUCUUCCAAGGGACUGGACUCGUCAGCACCAAGUGACUUGGAGACUACUGCUGCUACAGAUGGUGGUAUUUCUGCUCUACCAAGUAACAUUUCAGGGGAAUCGGUGUCUAAAAGUGGAAAUUGCAAGCGUGAAUUAGUCCUAUUAGAUCUCUUUUCUGGUUGUGGUGGAAUGUCUACAGGAUUAUGCAUGGGUUCUAAACUUUCUGAUGUUGAUCUUGUGAUGAGAUGGGCCCUUGAUAGUAACAAGUACGCACGUGAAAGCUUGAAACUAAAUCAUCCAGGAACCCAAGUUAGGGGUGAACCUGCAGAGGAUUUUCUUGCACUGUUGAAGGAAUGGGAGAAAUUAUGCAAGAAAUAUAUGGAUACUGUUCCUGAAAAGACACAUUCCAGAAGAUCAAUGGCUUCAAAAGCUGAAAAUUGGAAUGAUGAUAGACUCAAUGAAGCUGAUGUCGCUGCUGGUGAAUUUGAAGUCUCUAAGAUAGUCGACAUUUGUUUUGGUGAUCCUAGUUCUUCUGGGAACCAUGGAUUGAAACUUAAGGUACAUUGGAAGGGUUACAGUGUAAAUGAUGAUACAUGGGAGCCAAUUGAAAGCUUAAGUAACUGCCAAGAUAGUAUACGUGAUUUUGUGAGAAAUGGGCGAAAAUCAAAGAUCUUACCACUUCCUGGAGACGUUGAUCUGGUUUGUGGAGGCCCUCCAUGCCAGGGAAUUAGUGGCUAUAAUCGCUUCAGAAAUUUUGAUUCUCCACUUGAUGAUGAACGAAAUCAACAGAUUGGCGUUUUCAUGGACAUUGUGCAGUUCUUAAAACCCAAAUUUGUGUUGAUGGAAAAUGUAGUUGAUAUUCUAAGAUUUGACAAGGCUUCUCUUGCAAGAUACGCUUUAAGUCGUCUGGUACAAAUGAAGUACCAAGCAAGGCUUGGUACUGUUGCAGCUGGUUGUUAUGGUCUCCCCCAGUUUCGUCUCCGUGUCUUCUUGUGGGGAGCGCAUCCUUGUGAGAAACUUCCACAGUUUCCGCUUCCUACUCAUGAUGUUGUUGUCAGAUAUUGGCCACCGCCUGAAUUUGAGCGCAAUACUGUUGCUUAUGAUGAAGAUCAGCCACGUCCAUUAGAAAAAGCCUUAGUUCUUGAAGAUGCCAUAUCUGAUCUUCCAGCUGUUUCCAGUAAUGAACACCGUGAUGAAAUGCCAUACGACAAGCCCCCAGAAACCGAGUUUCAAAGAUUCAUUCGGUCCCCAGAGUCUGAGAUGAUAGGUCAUUCAAAAAGUGGUGCAAGAAUUGCCAAGGAUGUACUGUAUGAUCAUCGUCCUUACUCCUUGAGUGAAGAAGAUUACGCUCGUGUUUGUCAGAUCCCGAAAAAAAAGGGUGCGAAUUUCAGGGAUCUCCCUGGAGUAGUAGUUGGGGCAGACAAUGUUGCAAGGCGAGAUCAAAAGAUUGAGCAAGUAAUUUUACCAUCUGGAAAGCCACUGGUGAGUGAUUUUUCAACAAUUUCCUUAUGAGUGAUCAAAUUGACUGUCAAUUUGUUGCUGAAGUUCUUGAGAAGAUGAAAAUAAUCAACACUUAUUUUGUGCAUUUUGUAAAGUAUUUCUCCAUCUGGCAGAACUCAUUGAUAAAAUGUUUCAAAGGCAAUGCUUAUGAAGGCACAUCAAUUUUUUUUUAAUGAACUAGCUUUCACCAUCUAAACCUGUGUAAAUGGAAUAGAAAUUUUUAUCUUUUGCUAAAAAAUUCAGGCUACAAUGUGCUCAAUCCUCGUAGUGCAUUAACUAAGCUUCUUUAAGUCCCUUGAAUGUCUACUAGAGUUAGAAACUUCUGAUAGCUACUUUUCAUGUGUUGUCAGAGCAUUUACAUGUACAAGUUGUUCUUAGUGAAUGGAAAACCAUUGUUUCUGAAGAAGAAAAAAAGCAGUAUGUUAGUAUCUAGUUUAUAUAUCUACUCAUCUAUAUGCUCUAAAAAGAAUUUGAUAGUGGAUACACAGACGCAUACAAGUGCGUAAAAAUAAAAUACAAAGUACAGCAAAACAAGAGAUGUAUACAUUUGGACAAAUUCAAUAUGUCUGUAAGCCUUUCCAAACAUUAACGUAUUUCUCAAUAAAGUGCCAAAUGUUUUUGUCAAGUGUCUUCUCCUCCAAUCCCCUUCCUGUGGCUUUAUUAUCGUCACUGGUUGGCUAAUGAAAUGCCAUAUUAGUAUUGUUACAAUGUUCAUUCCUCUUUCAGGUACCUGAUUUUGCCCUAAAGUUUUCACAAGGGAAGUCUAGAAGGUAAGAAUUAUAUGCAUCUUUGUAGUUGUUGCCUUUCUUGUAGUUACUCAAUUGUCUUGCAUUAAUGAGCACUUUCCGCAGGCCAUAUGGAAGAUUGUGGUGGGAUGAAACAGUACCCACCGUGGUGACAUAUCCAGAUCUUCACAGCCAGGUUUGUUCCCUCUAGCUCUUGCCUAAUAUCUGUAAGCCGUAUGCAUGCUGUUUGUGGGUUCUAAGUCUCUAGACAUGUGUGCAGGCAGUGCUCCAUCCAGAUCAGGAUCGAGUUCUUACCAUAAGAGAAUGUGCAAGGCUGCAAGGUUUUCCGGAUUAUUAUAGGUUCUGUGGUUCUGUUAAAGCCAGGUAUGCAAUUGGUUUCUGAUGUCCUUUCGCUCUUUGGUACCCGGUAAAGUUAAUAUGCGCCAAGUGAGAUGUCAACUUGAGUUCAGACAUCAUUGUGAACUAUGAUUGCAUUUCCAUAUAUAUCCUCUGCAUCUUUUUUUCAGUUGGAAUUUUGUUUUGCCAUUGCAAAUUGCUUAUUGCUGUAGUCCAUGAAGCUUCGGAGCUUAGGAUUGAAUGUAUUGCUGUGGGCCAUGGGUUGUUUUAGACUUUAGCAGAAAUGUAGUGGCUAGAGUCCCAGCAGUCAAGCCUGUUCUUGCAGGCAAUGUUGGCUCUAGGUUGAACUAACAACUACGAGAGAUAAGCAAUGGAAGUGUUAGAAUUACUGAUUUCUCUAGGUCUUGGAUUCCGGGUUCCUAAAUGUUUAUCUGAUUCAAGUUCAUGGCAGCUGUGCAGCAGCAUCUUGUCCAUUUACAUCUUAUCUUCAAACGUCCUGAAUUUGCUAGCUUUAAAUUUGUUCGCGUACACAGUUCUUGAACAAGUACACUGGCAUUCUCUUCAUUUUUCAAUAUUGACUUCUGCUCCUGCUAAUAUUGUUGGCUCAGGUAUCGCCAGAUAGGGAAUGCAGUUGCUGUCCCUGUGGGACGAGCACUGGGAUAUGCCAUGGGAUUAGCAGCUCUAGGACUUGGUGAUGAUGGACCACUCAUGACUCUCCCUAAAAAAUUCUCCCAUUCAACUUAUCUUCAACUAUCCGAGCCUGAGCUCGAGCCAGUCGAAGCAGUUCCAAUCGACUGGAUCUCCUAACCAUAAGUGUCUUCCACCCGACCAUUUUUUAUUCCUGCAGCAUUGACUAUGAGUUUGAGGCUCUACCCGCAGUCUUAUAGCCUGUGCCACUGCUGCUAGCCCAGGCCAUUUUUUCCCAGGCCUUUGUUGUAAUCCUCGGGUAGAAAUAAUGCUACUAGUGUGACCUAGAGAUGUAACUCAAUAAUGUUAGGAGCGUCUUCUGUUUCGUGUCCUUAAGUUCUUUCCUUUUUCAGGCCUUUGUUGUAAUCUGGCUAGAUAGAAAUAAUGCUACUAGUGUGACCUAGAGAUGUAACUUAAUAAUGCUAGUGUGUCCUUCAAGUGCCCUUCAUAAUACUACUAGUUCUUUGCUUAUUUAAGGGUUGGAACCUUUCGUUUCUUCUUUUAAGAUUCAGCUGCAUUUUAAACAGAAAAGAGUGCAGUGCAGGCUUAGUGUAAAUAUUACAAGUAAGACACUGUCCCGUGAAGGAGUGCCAAGUAAAGUUAUCAGGUUUCU